AUGAAGCAACCUUUCUCGCUGUCUCGUGGUGGUUGUACCGAUAGUACUUGGAGAAGCAGCCGAUGUACAGAUAUAUGUGUCAAGGCCCAAGGAGGUGCCGGCUCAGCUGUUGUAUGGCUCGACGGGAGUGAAAAUAACGCGACCUAUUGUUGCAACUCAGUCCUUGUUGAUCCGUUUUCUGGGGAAAAGAUUUGUAGCAACGUCGAUGGUGCAACUCAAACCAGUUUUAAGAUCCUCGACGGAUACAUUAUUCCCAGUGCCGGGGUUCUCUCAAACUUUGAGGAAAUAUCCAACAAUACAUCUUCCUUCGUUGCCAAUGGUACCGAUACGGCUGUCACUACGGCUGUCACUACGGCUGCCACUACCCCUGUCCCUACCGCUACCGCUACCGCUACUGCCAGCAACGAAAACAGCUGCAAUGAGUCUAGGGAAAUUGCAAUCGGUGCAGGAGUUGGGGUUCCUCUCGCAGCUAUUGCUCUCCUAUCCAUUGGAUGGGCCUUUUGGGAGAGAAGGAAUCGAAAAUUAGCAGCCCUUCCGGCAGCCCAACCUACUCCUCUAUUUCAGCCAUCUUACCAAGUGGCCCGUGGCCACGAGAGCUACCAUGCAUAUGAGUUGAAAGGAUCUCCACCGAAGCCUGCGGAGCUCUACACUGCCUAG